AUGUAUAACGAGACAGAAACCUUUCGACUCACUUCAGACCCGUGCACAAGAUGCACGUGCAAGCAAGGAACUAUCGAGUGCCAGCGCCAGGCUUGUCCCGUCCUCAACUGUAAACCAGAGUUUGUCUACCAGCCUAAGGCUGAAUGUUGCCCCAAGUGUAAAGGUACACGGUCCCUGUAUGAUGUCAAGAAAGGUUGUUUCUUCGUCACACGCGUCUACAAGAAAAACGAAACCUUCGCGCCAACAGAAUGUUCUAGAUGUCGGUGUAAGACCAGAACCUCCGUGUGUCAGGUGGUCACGUGUCCACCCCUGGACUGUGGCGAGCAGGACAGGAUCCCCCAGCCAGGCUCUAAGUGCUGCCAGAGAUGCCGUGAGAAGAAAGACUGCAAUUUCCAGGGCGUUAUGUACAAGCACAAGGAGGAGUGGAAGCCGAACGUCUGCAUGCAGUGCUCCUGUGAUAACGGCACCACGUACUGCCAGAGGGAAAGGUGCAGCAACUCGCUAUGGUGUCCCCAGGGCUACAAGCUCUUGCUGGCAGAGGACGAGUGCUGCCCCAGGUGUAUUGAACGUAAGUCAGAGUGCUGCCCCAGGUGUAUUGAACACGACGCCGUGUGCUCUGUGUUCGGUGACCCCCACUACCGCACAUUUGACGGACUGAUGUACAGCUUCCAGGGCACCUGCAAGUACGUACUCACACAAGACUGCUCCGGCAACGAUUUUCUCAUCAAGGUCAGGAACGGCGUCCGGUUCUCUUCCGGCUUUGCCUGGACUCAAAUGCUGGUGGUGUUUGUCCACGAGCAGCGCGUGUCUAUGCUGCAGAACGCUGUGGUCAAGGUGAACAAGCACCGCGCCAGACUGCCCUACACCCAGCCCGGCAACUUCUCCAUCGUCCGAGAGGGGCCGCUGGUCAAGCUCCGGUCAAGCCUGGGGCUGGUGGUCACGUGGGACGGGGACAGUUUCCUGGAGGUCACGGUGCCGACCAAGUACAAGCACAAGCUCUGCGGCCUGUGUGGGAACUACAACGGAAUGAAAUCAGACGAUCUGAUUGGUCGAGACGGGGCCGUGUACACCAAUGGUCACGACUUUGGCCAGACGUGGAGGACAGGCAGCAAGAAAGCCUGCAAGGUGCGGCCCCACUUCGUGGAGAGCAAGCCGCUGUGUGACAAGGAUUCCAAAGCCAAGCAAAGAGCCCAGAGAAUCUGUAGUAUCUUCUUCUCUAAGGCUUUCUCCAAGUGUCGCCUUCAGAUAAGCGUGGAUAUCUACGUCAGCUCCUGUAUCACAGACAUGUGUGACUGCCCAGCGGGUCGUUACUGUGCUUGUGAGGCCAUCCUGGCCUACAUUAGUCAGUGUACCAGGUCAGGCAUCAGCAUCAAAUGGGACAAGGUCAAGGAUUGUGAGCACCCAUUAGCAAAAGCAGCAGUUCAGUCCUGCCCACCGAACUCGGUGAAGAUAAACUGCAAUGAGACGUGUGUAAGAACCUGUGUUGACCCUACGGCACAGGCUCCCUGUCCAGACAAGUGCUCACAUGGAUGCCAAUGUCCAGCUGGUCUUGUGCUACAUGAUGGAAAUUGUUCGCCAUUUUCUAAUUGUCCUGUGAUAUUAAAUUAAUUUGUUGAAUUUUAUUAGCUAAUAAGUAGGAAUGAUUAAUUAUUAAUUAAUUAUUAUUAAUUAAUCUAUUCUAAAUUCUAAAACCUGUCCAAUAUUAGA